AUGGCAACCCUCAAUUUUUCAGGCGAAGGACCAGAUUUCCUGACUGAUGAUACCCUCCAUGAAGCUUAUGAGCUGGAGAUCCAAUCGGAGAAUGGUAAAAAAAUUCGAUUCGGAGAAGUCGUAGCAGGGAAAGGGGAUUCGAUAACGACGAUUGUCAUUUUUAUACGCCACUUCUUCUGCAUCUACGACCAAGGCUACGUCCGAACCCUAGGUCAACAAAUGACCGAAAAAUUACUAGAUACAGUACCCGCGAGUGCCAGACCAGCUCAAGUCAUAAUUCUCGGCUGCGGGGAUCACUCCCUUAUAGUCCCCUAUAUGGAAGAGACAUCGGACGAAUUCCCAAUAUACACUGAUCCAUCGGGGAAGAUAUACGAGAAACUACAAAUGAAGAGGAUAUUUAGUGGAUUCACAGAACCGCCACCCUAUUCUGAUUUCACAUUCCUCCCUGGUUUUGCGAACGCUAUGAAGCAGAUAUGGAAACGUGGAUGGCAGGGUCUCCGUGGGGGGAAGUGGAAUCAGCAAGGUGGUGAGUGGAUAUUUAACCGGGGAAGACUACAAUUUGCACAUCGGAUGGAAGGUGCGAAUGAUCAUCUUACUGCGGAGCGGUUGCUGGAAAUCUUGAGUACGGAACACGGGAAAAGUGAUGAUUUAUCCCCAACUAGGGGGGAAGGGGAAGACGCCCAGGGUCGAGAGACGCUGGAUGUAAAAUGCGAGAGCCGAUCGUGUGGCACGGAAUACCUAUAUAUCAGAUAA